AUGUCGUUGGUGAAGCCGUGGAGGACACAGGAGUUGUCGAUGAGGCUGUGGACGAUCCUGAUGUCGUUGGUGAAGCCGUGGAGGACACAGGAGUUGUCGAUGAGGCUGUGGACGAUCCUGAUGUCGUUGGUGAAGCCGUGGAGGACACAGGAGUUGUCGAUGAGGCUGUGGACGAUCCUGAUGUCGUUGGUGAAGCCGUGGAGGACACAGGAGUUGUCGAUGAGGCUGUGGACGAUCCUGAUGUCGUUGGUGAAGCCGUGGAGGACACAGGAGUUGUCGAUGAGGCUGUGGACGAUCCCUGAUGUCGUUGGUGAAGCCGUGGAGGACACAGGAGUUGUCGAUGAGGCUGUGGACGAUCCUGAUGUCGUUGGUGAAGCCGUGGAGGACACAGGAGUUGUCGAUGAGGCUGUGGACGAUCCCGAUGUCGUUGGUGAAGCCGUGGAGGACACAGGAGUUGUCGAUGAGGCUGUGGACGAUCCCUGA